AUGGGAACCCAAGACGAAAGAAGCAUUCAAGAAAAUGAUGCUCCGCCAGCCUAUCAUGAGGCAUUGAGCUGCCCCACAACAUCAUCUCGUUAUGGUUCGCUUCCGUCAACUAUGAGCGUACAUGGCCAGUGGACAAAAUGGAAAUCUAUGAAUCUCUGUGGUGGUUCGAAUGCCAAGGAUCGUCAGUGUCUGAUUGAGAUGCAAACUGGCUAUAGCGGCAAAGCUCCACUUGGGAUGAGAACGGGCUUUCUCCUUCGAAAUGGGAUGAGCACGAAGGAUCCACUUCUUGCUGCCGCUGGCGAUGAGUCGCGCGGGCUCCAUGCGUUCAAUCCCGACGGCAUCGUUUUCUUACCGCCACUUGAUCCGGUCCCGAAGUCGGAUCGCAUGGAUACAGAACUGCUACGCGCCGAACCCGGUACAAAUAACGAUAUCGCCUUCCACUUUUCUAUAGAAGUAGGCGACAAGGAGCAGAGGGAGGAGUUUGCGUGGAGGAAGAUCAAGAAGGGCGAGGAUCAAGCCAAGAGAAAUGGGUUCAAGUUGGUUCGAUUCUCGUCUAGCCCACAAUCAUCCCAGCCGAGCGGUAGCAGUAGUGGCCAAGCGCCGUCUUCGUCUUCGUCCUCGGCUCCAUUAGCAGGCAAAGAUGGUGAGAUUGUCGCAUUUCUUGGAUGGGUCAUGGCUUGGCCCAGUCUGACACAUGCGUUCACUCUUGAAGUGGUGGAUGGUCAGUCGGGUGCAUUGGGAGGACGCUGGACUCUUAUGGUUAUCGUCACUGCAAUCAGGCUCUAUACACUGCACGGUGACGAUAACGGGAUAGCUCUGGAGGCCAAGACUGAUUUACGUCAUGUUAUUGCCCGGCCCUGGGGGCUGCCCCACGUGGGCAACCGGGGUAACCCUUGUCCCGCCCGCGGUCUAUUUAUGCCCCAGUACGCUCCAACUGAGCCCCCAGGCCAUAAUGCUUACCACCUUCUAUAUGCAUUGUCAAAGAUAUUUUGCAUCAUUCGUUACCAGGUCGUCACGUACUAUAUUGCUGGAAGUGUUGACAGAUCCGGACCGAACUCGGUGCCCAAGACAAUGGAUCCAGGCUCUGAAUCGUACGAGAAAACUGGUGGAAACACCUCAACGGAAAUACUUCAGCCCGCCGUCCUCUUCUUGUCAGGCCAAUCUGUCUUUGUCGAGUCUGCAACUCCAACCCUACUUUACCAAUUAAACAGGGACAUCAGAUCAAUCUUGAAUAAGGACUCAUCUGUGGCACUCGAAAGAGUCGAGCAAGAUGUAUCUGAUUCCGAGACGGAAAUCGAGGGUGUGACUCCUGGUACGCAGCAUAAAAGACAUAUUUUCUAUCUUGCACACCCUGUGAAUGCGCAAUACCGCACCGAUAUACCCGCUAAGUACUACAUCACAUCUGCGGUGCCCGAGAUGGUGGGCAAUAUCCGCUUCGAGAAUUCUGAGGCACGAUUUCAAAAGACAUCCUUCAAGGCAAUGUUGAGCACGAAAAGGACCGCCUCGGAUAAGCCAUUAUUCUACGAGGGAACGCAACAACUCCUACUGUUUGAUAUCCAACCAAACUGGAAAGUCGGUCGAAAUUGCUACAAGUGGAGCGAUUCCAAUGGCAGACAGUAUGUCGCAGGUGUCGAGGGAUGCACUGGUCGCUACAUGGUUGUUGAGGCUGUGGCAUGA